UCCCUACCCUCUUGGCCGGCUUUGCCUUUUUCUUUUUUACCUCUCUUUCCUCUUUUGCAAUUUCAUGAUCAUAAGACUAUUUGUAUAAUUUUCUAAACCUAUCAUCAUCUCUUUUUUAGUCUUCUUCAUCGUUUCUCUAUUUAUCUCCUUGUAGAUUGUCAAUUCUAAUUUUAUUUUAUUUUUGUCGUCACCAAAUGGAGCUUCUUCAGGAGUUGGUCUGUACUGCUUUUAUUGCUGUGUUGUUUUCUUUUCUUGUUGCUAAGCUGGUUUCAUUUGCCAUAUCUGGUGGUGUCGGUGGCGGUGGCGGUGGCGGUGGUCACUAUUCUAACUCGGCCUUCGAGGUCAAAGACCUUGACGAAGGUGUUAUUAUGGAAGAAUUGCAGUUUGGAGAGAAGUUGAAUGUUGGAGUACUUGAAAGCUACGGCAGAGUUCGAUUGGUUGAAGAAACUGUGGCAAAAGUGGAGAAAUUUCGAGAAGGGGUUCAACGUGGAAAGGAGAUCGCGGUGUCGGCGUCACACGACGAAGAAAUUGAAACGGAACGCUACCAGUUACUGGAGAAAUCAAUUGAGGUUAGUGAACCGUGCGAAGAAUCAUCGGAGGAGAAAAUUAUGGAGAAAGAAGUGAAAAAGGGUGAGGACUUUGUUGAAGAAGCAUUUGAAAAUGAAGAAUCGGCUGUGAAUAAUAAUGUUAUUAUUGAAGAAUUGGCUGUAAAUAAAGCUGUUAUUAUUGAAGAAUCGGGUGUCAAUGAUAAUGUUAUUAUCAAAGAAUCGGAUGUAAAUAACAAUGUUAUUGUCGUAGAAUCGGAUGUGAAUAACAAUGUUAUAGGCGUAGGAUCGGCUGUAAUUUAUAAUGUUAUUAUUGAAGAAUCGGGAGAGAUUGGGGAGACAACGGGUGGUUUAGUAAGUGAGGAGGAUGAUGAGUGGGAGGGGAUAGAAAGGAGUGAAUUGGAGAAAGUAUUUGGAAAGGCUGCCAAGUUUUUGGGGUCUGGAGAAAAAGAUGAUUUGUUUAGUGAUGUGCAAAUGGAGUUGUAUGGCCUUCACAAGAUUGCUACUGAGGGACCUUGCCAUGAGCCACAGCCAAUGGCUCUUAUGAUCUCUGCUCGUGCCAAGUGGAAUGCUUGGCAAAGGCUGGGGAACAUGAAUCCGGAGGAGGCAAUGGAGCAGUAUGUCAAACUUCUUUCAGAGAGAGUUCCUGGGUGGAUGGAGGAACAUUGUAGUGGAGACAAUAAAUUGGAAUCUCACAAGGCAGGAAUACCUGAUGCCGCAGCUCCCGAAUUAGUGUCAUUUUCAGACCAUCAAACAAAUUUUACUCAUAAAAGGAACCUGGAAUUGAACUGUGAUAGUGGGCAGGUGAUCUAACUGGGGGCUCGUGCUUGGGGACCAAGGCUAAAGAGUGAUAGUAUGCUUGUCUGCUUGAGCUUCCCAACCACAGGGGCCAUUCUCCUGGGUUUGCUUGACCUGAAACAGGACUAUUAUUUAUAUUGAAGCAUACAUAUGCUUCCAGUGUGCAAGGUUCUUGUUCAAGUUAUGCUAGCUAUUGUGUCCUAAUACCAUAAUGAUGUUAUGUGGAUAAAAUAACCAUUGACAUUGUGCAUACAUGUGUGUGUGUGUGUGUGUGUGUGUGUGUAUAUUAUGAAAAUAAUGUCCUUCCAAUAAUUUAUCGCCUGGGUGUCUGACCAUUGAAGCAUAAUUGUGAUGUCUGUUUUUACUUAACAAAUUUGGUGCCCGAUUUCCAUC